GCCACUGGUGACAGUUGGACCAUAGAUGAAGCCGGCGGCCAUGAUGAAGAAGUCAGAGAUGCCAAAGAAAGAGAUGCUGAAGCCAGAGAUGCCGAAGUCAGAGAUGCCGAAGAAAGAGAUGCUGAAGACAGAGAUGCCGAAGUCAACUAUUAAAAAGAGAGCGAUAAAGAGGGCAAUUUAUACCAACACCUUUGAGGCGGAAGAUGUAAACAUCAAGCCCAGAUGUGGCUACAAGAGGAGGAUACUAUCCGACUCCUCUGGUGAUGAGAAGGUCUCCAUCAAGACAAAAGUUGCUAGAAAGUUGUCAUCAAGCUCAGAUGAGGAGACCAGCGAUGAGAGGACGCAAAGUAGAGGCGCUCAGGGAGAUGCAGAAGGAGGGAGAACCAGUAGUGCUUCAACCCCCUGCCUCAGAGAUGCAGUCUCUAGCACCAUCCAGAGACUGGAGUUUUACCAUCAGUUAGGCCAAGGUGCUUUUGGGAAGGUCCUGCUGGCAGCCGACUCACAUACCAACGAGUUGUUAGCUGUGAAGAUCAUGAGCAAACGACAUCUGCUACGUGUGGGCGAAAAAGUUGCCUUUGUGGAAAGGAAAGUGCUAGAACUUGCAUCGGAAAGCGCCUUCCUCAUUCACGGCCACUUCGCCCACCAGACCAAGGAGCACGUGCUCCUUGGUAUGGAGUAUGCGAGUGGUGGUGACUUUGAACAUCUUCUGAUGAGGAAUGGGCCUCUUACCAUCACCAGUGCAAGAUUCUACAGUGCAGAACUUGUAUGUGGGCUCCAAUUCCUGCAUUCCAAGGGCUUCGCCCAUGGCGACCUCACGCCAGAUAACAUCUUGGUGGCUGCAACAGGCCACCUCAAGAUCGCCGACUUCGGUCUCGCAACUGAGAUCACGCCUAGAGACCGGAGUGCCACUGGCUGUGCUGGAAGAUGUGGCCAUAUCACUCCUGAGGUGCGUUUUCGCGAAGAAAGAGCGAUCGGCAAAGACUGGUUUUGUCUUGGCAUCAUACUGAACAAAAUGGUCAACGGAAUAUCUUUUGAACCAGGCACUGAAGUCAGGAACAUCAUUGAUGAGCUCUUCAGUAUCAACCCAGCCAAACGCCCAGGAGUGAAUUAUAACAUCCGCCAACAUAGUUUCUUCCAGCAUAUCGACUGGGUCGCCUUGGAGGCCCUUGAGAUGGAGCCCCCAUACAUUCCUGCACCACCGACCUUUCCACCCUCUGCCUCCAUAAAUAACCAACUAGCAAUAAUGGAGGCAGAAGAGGCCAAUAAUCCACCUGUAACAGCCCCCCAGCAGGACCGGUUUGCAGGGUUCUCAUUUACCACCUCCACCUGGAGAACCCCCCCCAAAGGCACCGGGCCUACGACCGUCUAGCUGAGGCAGCAGCACUGCUGGAUGCAGGAGUUGGAGUUUCUGCAGAAUGUUGAUGAUAAGAAGAUGGAUUACAGCUUGGAAGAAUUUUUUUUAACUUUUUUAAAUUUUAAUAUUUUAACAUUUUUAUAUUAACUAUUUUAAUUUUUACAUUUUUAAAUUUAGUAGGGGUGGGAGUAUAAGUAUUUUAUUAUAA